AUGCCGAUCGAAGAGAAACCGCCGAGCGAUUAUGACGGCCCUGCGUUAGGACGUGACGAUCCCGUGUGGCAGUAUUAUCUCAGGGAGUCUACUCAACGCGACACAGAUUUAGUUGAUGGAUGGAACAAGAGUAUGGACAUACUCCUCCUAUUUGCGGGUUUGUUCUCAGCAGUCGUGACAGCGUUCUUAAUUGAGAGCUACAAAAAUUUGAAAUCGGAUGCAGAUGCGGCGCUCGUUACCGCCGUGAGCGCGAGGAGAAUCGUAGAUUUAUUUGAAGCAAACAUCUCCCGGGAGCCUCCCCCGCCAAGAAACCCGCUCCCUGUGAUUGAUGUCGAUGGUUUUCGUCCAUCUCGGAACGACGUUGUGAUCAAUACGCUAUGGUUUUUCUCUCUCGCUCUGAGUAUGUCUGUUGCUCUCAUAGCCAUGCUAGUUAAGGAGUGGAACGACGUUUAUCGACGCGGGAAUCGCUUUACCCCUUAUUAUGUCCAAGCCCGCACGCGCCAAGCUCGUUACAAAAGGCUCAAAAAAUGGGGAGUAAGGAAGAUCGUGCGCAUACUACCCGUCAUAAUGCACAUAGCACUGGGUCUCUUUCUCUUGGGUUUAAUUCUUUUCUUGAACAGUCUCGACAUCAAAUUAAUGUGGCCAGUUAUGGCAGUGGUAAUUAUAACACUUGGUCUAUACGUAUUCACAACGCUCGCCCCACUUUUUACUGCGUUCUGCCCCUAUAACACCCCCCUCUCCAGCAGGACAGUAUGGGGUUUUUUCUACUCUAUAGUUCACCUUGUAGCCCCUAUAGGUGAAAAGUGGAAUACUCUACCAUGUGAACGAGAAGAGCGAAUACAAUCCACGAAUAUGGCUUUGGACAAACUAACCGCUCAAGCAGUGGUAUGGCUCGUUAGCCAUUCCCAAGCUGAGCCAUCUGUAAAUGCAGCCAUACGGGCCAUUGCCAAUGUUAUCGCCGGACCCGCCUUUUGGAACCAUCUAAUUAAAGAUAAACUUGUCGUCCUAAUGGCUCAACAUUUCGCUUCUUUAUUCAAGGGUGGUCUUAAUCGACUAGAACCCGUUGAUAUGUUCUGUUCGGGUUAUCAAAAGCAUCAAAUGGCUCUGUGCAGCCAGGCCAUUGCGAAGAUAUCAAAACAUUCACUCAUUCAAAUCAUCCAAGAUGCCGAUCCAAAUUCUACAGUGCCGGAGCGGGCGGUGCAGGAAUCUGACUGCAUAAAACUUCCCGAAGCCUACUUCGUCUCUGUUCAAAAAGGGCUGUACAGGCUUACUGGAUCUAAAUCUAAUGAGCUCCAGGCUUCAGCAUUUUGUGCAGAGUCAUCAUGGAUUACCUCCGCCGGAAGGACUAACCAAAACCAUUUGGAGCAGCAGCCUUUAUUACCAAGAUUGGUCCAAUUCCUUGGCAAAUUCGAUGAUCUCAAACAAUUCAGAAGUAUACCUGAGAAGUUACGAGUUGACCUUGUGGAGGCCCUCAGCACAGAAACUUCUUACAUGAUAUGGGAACUUAAAGAUAACGACAUCAACAACGAACUCAACGCACUGAUUGAACUAUGCUUGAAGUUGCUGGGGUUGUUCAGUGGGCCGGGGCAAUCAAACCGACCAGCUCAAAGGGCAAUAUUCGUUGAGUUUGCGGUGAUUGCUGCUCUGAUCAACGACUACCAAAGAAUUCCCGAAGCCGAGAUCGACCGGAUUUCCAAAGAGCGGCGUGACGAAUUUGGGAUUCACCAGCAAUAUAUGAAGGCGCAUGAACUAUACAAACUCCGAUAUCCGUAUCCGUCAGACUCCCAUCUCACCUAUGCGCGACAAUGGCAUGCCGUUUGGAUAGCCGAAUUGUGUUCCAAGAACCCAAAAUACCUCGAGACACAUUCAGAUGCCUUGUUAUUUGUUGGAUUGUCUGGAAUAUUGCGAUCGUGUCGAAUGGAUCCAAGUCAGUUUGCUCGUGCGGUCGACCUCUUCAUCGAACAGUUGAAGUUGACUGAAGCAACUUAUUCUAACCGAAUGUCGUUGCCAUUUGUUCUUAUAUCUUCAUGCGAUGUACAGUCUCAAGUAGCCGAAGAUAUACUCGCUACCUUGGAUAGUACCCAACCCCUAGGCUGCGCUAAUGAAGCAGAGUACUGGCAGCCGAGAAUCAAUUUAUUACAAGCUCUCAUCGAACAUGGACAAUGGAUUGAAUUCCAAUCCAGCUUUCUUUUACAGAUUCUGAGAAUACUCGAAUCCUCCUGCAACCCAGAAUUUAAACGACAGUGUAUCGUUACCUUGGACAAGUACUGGUUCCUGAACUCCGCCUCGAGUUUUGGCGUCUAUACUACACCCGACUGGAGACUCCUGAUCGAUUUCAACUUGAUUCCGGUUCUAAUAGCAGAGGUCGAUGAUCCCAGAAUGCGAGCAAGCACAAUUUCCUGCUUCGCAAAAAUUGCGCGAACCUUUUUGAUCCAAAAUUCUCCGGAAGGCGAAAACCGAUCGAAUGCGCAAGGAGGAAUGAAUCGACCAGACCCACAAGUAGGGCGCCAACAAGCUGGGGGAGCAAAAGACAGUGGUUCGGGACAUGAUAUCGAUUACACGGAAAUGGUGGAAACACUCAAGAAACUUCUUCUCUGUAACGAAACAUUGUUCGAGAUACUGGUCAAAAAUGUUGUCGCUAGUCAAGAUAUUGCUGAAACCUACUCGGAAUUUUGGACCAAAGUGAUUCUCCUUUUACCUAGCAGACUCGAACGGCCCACUGGUUCCCAACCGCCCACGGACGGCAACAGCCAAACUCCCCCGAUCCCGGCCCUUUCAACCAGACCUCUGGCAGUGGGUCAGACUCCCGGACCAGAUUCCACCACCCAAGCUGCCGCAAUCCAAACUAUCCCAGCGCGUUCGAUCGCCCCGCCCCUUGGAGCUAUUCCAAAUUCCAGUUCUCAAGCUCCGGAUACAGCCAGCAACAAUUCCGGAACGUCCUCGAGUCCCUCUUCUCGAACCGAUACGACCCCAGCUCCCCAAUCGCUCGCGGCACACCAUGGCAUUCAAGCUCCGAGUAUUCCGACCCUGUCUACUACAAGCGCCGACUCUCCUACUUCCACCACAAACACAUUCUCAGCUGUCAUUUCCAACGCCGAGAACGUGCAGACAACCAUAGACUCCAACACCGAGCCGCCCUUGAACUCUACCCCGACUGAUGUACAAUCUCCGAGACCCACGAGCACCAGUGCCGAUGCCGGUAGCGUUGGCCCAACUUGCGCGCCUAGUCAGGUCAUGAAUGCCAUUCCGGCUUCUCUUCAUAUAAACGACCAAGAGCCACAGGCGCAGCCACAGCCACAUCUACCGACCUCUCGUGCCAACAGCGUUAGCCCAGUGGGGAUCGACCCGAUUAGUAACUCGGGCGGUACUAGCAACGUUAACAACCCUGCCAUUCUCUCAAUUGUAGCUCCAAUCUCAACGCGAACUCCGACCCCAGCGCCAAUUCCAACGCCAAUGACCGAUCUCCAGGCGCGAGAUUGGCUACGGCAAUUUUGCGAGCGAAAUAGCGAGGCGCCAGAGGGAAGUCCUUUGAAGAAGAUUAUCGCGGGUCUGGCGGCCAACUUGGCUGGUCCAUCUGGGCAAGUGAAUCCGUGA